GUACAUCCGGGCUCUUUGUAGCAGUGUCACAAGCUCGGGAAGAUGGCGGCUGUAGGGAGGAACACACUGAUAACUGCUAGCAUACAUGUAAAUAACAGCACAGCAGAUAACCAGGAGGAGGAGGACGGACAGAAUUUAUGGUCUUCCAUACUGAGUGAAGUGUCAACGCGAUCGCGGUCCAAACUGCCCUCCGGGAAGAAUGUGCUGGUUCUGGGGGAAGUGGCGUCUGGAAAAACCACACUGGUGGCCAAACUGCAAGGUGUGGAGGAUUACAUGAAGGGACGUGGCUUGGAGUAUCUCUACUUUAAUGUUCAUGAUGAGGAUGUGGAUGAUCAUGCACGGUGUAAUGCCUGGGUGUUGGAUGGGGAUCUGUAUCAUAAGGGCCUACAGAAAUUUGCGAUGUAUGUGGAGAACCUGGCUGACACUCUGGCUGUGUUGGUGGUGGAUCUGUCCCGACCCUGGCUGGCCCUCGACUCGUUGCACAAGUGGACCAGCGUGCUGAGGGAUUACCUGGACAAACUGCGAGUACCUCCUGAGACCAUGCGAGAGCUCGAGCACAGUUUGGUAAAGCAGUUCCAGGAGUACGUGGAGCCAGGAAGCAGUGUAGAAGGAGCGUCUCAGAGGAGAAAUGCAGAAUCGGAGGAGGAGAGUGUCGUGCUUCCGCUGGGUGACAACACACUCACACAUAACCUGGGCAUUCCUUUAGUGGUGGUGUGUACGAAGUGUGAUGCUAUCAGCACUUUGGAGAAGGAGCAUGACUAUAGAGAUGAGCACUUAGAUUUCAUCCAGUUGCACAUCCGACGUUUCUGUCUGCAGUAUGGGGCAGCACUGCUCUACACAUCCAUGAAGGAGAAUAAAAAUAUAGACUUGAUAUAUAAAUACCUCAUCCACAGGUUAUAUGGCUUUCCGUUUCAUUUCCCCGCCCAGGUGGUCGAGAAGGAUUCGGUGUUUAUUCCUUCAGGGUGGGACAAUGAGAAGAAGAUCGCCAUCCUACAUGAAAACUUCCAGACCAUAAAAGUAGACGACAACUUUGAAGAUGUAAUAGUGAAGCCUCCGGUUAGAAAGUUUGUACAUGAGAAGGAAAUUCAAGCAGAAGAUGACCAAGUGUUUCUUGUGAAGUUGCAGACUCUGUUAGCUAAACAGCCUGCAGCGACUGCAGGAAGGCCAGUGGACACCUCAAACAGGGCUCCCACCGGCUCCCCGAGGACGACCAAUCGCUCCGCAGCUGCUAACGUGGCUAACGUCAUGCCCAUGCAAUCAGGUACCAAGAAGAUUGAUCCCAACAUGAAAGGAGGUCAGACCAGUGAGGGCGUCCUGGCGAACUUCUUCAACAGCCUUUUGACUAAGAAAGCAGGUUCUCCUGGACCUGGUCAGCCUGCAGGAGGAGGCAGUAACACUCCUGGAACAGUGCGCAAGUCUGGGUCGAAGUUGGGUUUGACCGACGUCCAGGCGGAGCUCGACCGAAUUUCCAGCAAGUCUGACCUGGAUCACUCCGCCCCCAAUGCAACCACACCCCCUGCUGAAAAUGAUGAAUCCUGAAAAAGAAGCAGGACUACUCAUUGUCACACCCCUCCCCCAUACACACACACACUUUCCGCCCCUCUUCUUCAGUCUCUCCUUCUGACUUCUGCCCUAUCCGUCUCUCCUCGACUCCCUGACGGAGGGAAUGGCACGUUUCCAGCGAGGACACUGACUCAGAGCUGCAUGUAGAGCCGAUUGUGACACUGUUUCUAAACACCCCCACCUCCACACAACCAGGGUAUCUGUGUUAACAAUCAAGAGGGUGAAAAGAAUUAGAAAUGGAGGAAGAGAGAUGAAGGGGUUGCAGGAUGUGAGGCGUUUUCUGUGGUAAUGAACACGAGGCAGGUUUUCUUUUUUGGCUUUGCACAGGAAGGUUUCUAGCUUGAACAUUCAGUCCUGGUGAUUGUCCUUUGAUUUCUGACAAACAAACAUUUCAUAAUUCAGCAAAAAAAAAGGCUAUGAUUUCUCUGUAUACAGAAAAGGUAAGCAGCCAUCGAUCCAGAACGUUCUGUUUUAUCACGUGCACACUACACACAUGUACAGACACUAAAAUCUGUGCUUCUGUGUUGCUUAUUAAAGCUCAUGGAGGUUUGUUUGUUUUUUUUUCCCCCAAGUCACUCAACAGCAGUCAUUUUGAGCACAGCAAUGAUUUUGGCACUACACGUCAUCAUGGCAGAAUUAAUUCUGCAAAAUUGUACUUUACAAUUUUUCAGAAACACCUUUUAGACAUGAGCUCCGUCUCUGAUCAGUGGCUGGUUUCUUCUCUGCGUAUUAAUGGAUGCACUACACCCCAUGCAGGCAAGCAUUAGUUGUGUUCUCUGUGCACUCCCCCUGGGGUUUACAUCCAGUUCACCGAGUGUGUGACUGUGUGUUGAGAGAGGUGGUGUUGUAGUCUAGUUGUAGGACAGGAGGAAGGUAGGUGGGAUUAUAGGUGGCAUUAUUGUCUGUAGUAAGUAAACGAAUCGAGAAAGUUACUGAAGUCUCUCUGAAGGAAUGAGGAAGGAGAGGUAGAGGAGGAAGGGUAUGUAAGGUCAGAUGUCACUUUGUCCUGUUUGAUUGUACAGUCAUUCAUGUCCAACUUCUGGGUGGGUGGUGGAGUUUAAAAAAAAAAAAAGUCCUGGAAUUUCACAAGAUGUAGUCACAUUUCUCUGGAUCAGGUCUGUAAGCAUUCUAUUAAAGUUGUAUUUAUUGGGAA